CUCUCAUCUCAUCAUGUACAGGCGUGCAAGAGUGGGAAUCGGACUGUGAUUCCUAUUUUAGGCUGUUUAUUUACUCUCCCUUCCGAAUUUCUCUAUCACUACCGCUCUCUCCAUUACCAAACAAACACACUCCUCUCUCUCUCUCUCUCUCUCUCUCCGCCACACUUACAGCAUAGAGCAUAUCUUGAAGGAAAUUAUGGCAGAGGAAGACCUCUAUACAAAGGAUGGGACCGUAGAUAUUAGUGGAAAACCAGCAAAUAGAAAGAGAACAGGAAACUGGAAGGCAUGCCGAUUUAUUCUUGGGAAUGAAUGCUGUGAGAGGUUGGCAUACUAUGGAAUGAGUACAAAUCUAGUGAAUUAUCUUCAGGACCGUCUCAACCAGGGAAAUGUCACUGCAUCAAACAAUGUGACCAAUUGGUCAGGAACCUGCUAUAUUACCCCACUGAUUGGAGCCUUUCUAGCCGAUGCAUAUUUGGGAAGAUAUUGGACAAUUGCUAUUUUUGUAAUUAUCUACAUUUUUGGAAUGACAUUCCUAACAAUUUCUGCUUCUGUCCCCGGUAUAAAGCCGGCAUGUGAUAAGAAUUCCUGCCACCCAACAACAGCACAAAGUGCAGCAUGCUUUGUUGCACUUUACUUAAUUGCUCUUGGGACUGGUGGAAUCAAGCCAUGUGUCUCAUCUUUUGGGGCAGAUCAAUUUGAUGAAGCUGAUGACAAUGAAAAGAAAAAGAAGAGCUCCUUUUUUAAUUGGUUUUACUUCUCGAUCAAUAUUGGUGCACUUAUAGCUUCUUCUGUUUUGGUCUGGAUACAAAUGAAUGUUGGCUGGGGCUGGGGUUUUGGUGUCCCAGCUGUUGCAAUGGCCAUUGCAGUUGUGUUUUUCUUCUCAGGAAGCACAUUAUACCGACUUCAGAAGCCUGGAGGCAGCCCCUUCACAAGGAUUUUCCAGGUUAUAGUUGCAUCCUUCAGAAAAUUGCAUGUUCAAGUUCCUGCUGAUAGUUCCAUUCUUUAUGAGACUGCAGAUAAGGAAAGUAAUAUCCAAGGAAGCCGCAAGCUUGAGCACACAGACAAGCUUACGUUUUUUGACAAGGCUGCUGUGGAGACUCAAGAUGACAGCAUUAAGGGCUCAGCAGACCCAUGGAGACUCUGUACAGUAACUCAAGUUGAAGAGCUGAAGGCCAUUGUCAGGUUGCUUCCAGUGUGGGCAAGUGGAAUAGUUUUUGCCACCGUGUAUAGUCAGAUGAGCACCAUGUUUGUUUUACAAGGCAACACCAUGAACCAACAUAUGGGUCCACAUUUCAAGAUUCCUUCAGCGUCCCUCUCCCUGUUUGACACCCUUAGUGUUAUCUUCUGGGCCCCUGUAUAUGAUCGAAUCAUUGUACCAUAUGCAAGGAAAUUCACUGGUAAUGAACGAGGCUUCACCCAGCUGCAGCGCAUGGGCAUUGGCCUCGUCAUAUCCAUUUUCUCCAUGAUCACUGCCGGAGUGUUAGAGGUUAUUCGCCUCAAAUAUGUCCAGAAGAAUAACUACUAUGAUCUCAAGUACAUUCCAAUGUCCAUUUUCUGGCAAGUACCACAGUACUUUCUCAUUGGAUGUGCAGAAGUUUUUACAUUCAUUGGGCAGUUGGAGUUCUUCUAUGACCAGGCACCUGAUGCAAUGAGGAGUUUGUGUUCGGCGCUUUCUCUUACAACAGUUGCAUUAGGAAAUUACUUAAGCACUCUGCUGGUUACCAUAGUGACAAAUGUUACAACAAGGCAUGGGAAGCUUGGUUGGAUUCCAGACAACUUGAACAGAGGCCAUCUUGAUUACUUCUACUGGCUACUAGCUAUCCUCAGCCUCUUGAACUUCUUUGUAUAUCUCUGGAUUGCAAAAUGGUAUACUUACAAGAAGCCAACAGGCCUCGCCAAUUGAUACAGAACGGUUCGUAGACUUCAGUGUGCAGACCAUUAGUAAUUUCAUGUUGAUGUUUAUGUUGACAAUAUUUAUGUUUAGUUUGGUCGUUUGCUUGUAAAUAUCCUUGGUCAUGUUAAGAAAUUUUAAGUGUAGUAGAACUCCAAUGUUUGUUAGUCGAA